CGGCGUCGGAGUAGAGUUUCAGACAGAGACAUCUCCGAGGAAGAUGCCCAGUGUCUGCAACUGAUAUCAUCUCCGAGAUUAUAGGCAAAUGUGAUAUCUCUCUUUCUGUCUCCCAGACUAGAACUUCCUCCUUUGUCUAAUUUUCAAUUAAGUUUCGAGAUAUCGGAAAAUUUCCAUGGCUGUGCCCGUUGAGGAAGCCAUUGCAGCCCUGUCAACGUUUUCUCUAGAGGAUGACCAGCCUGAGGUGCAAGGCCUAGGAGUUCUACUAUCAGCUGACAGAUCUCAUACGAACAGCCCAAUAGAGUAUAGUGAUGUUUCUGCUUACCGUUUGUCUCUACUGGAGGACACAAAAGCUGUCAAUCAACUGAAUGCUCUUGUUCAAGAAGGGAAGGAAAUGGCAUCUGUUCUCUACACGUAUCGAAGUUGCGUAAAAGCACUUCCUCAGCUUCCUGAUUCGAUGAAGCAAAGUCAGGCGGAACUGUACAUGGAGACAUAUCAAGUUCUUGAUUUGGAGAUGAGUCGUCUGCGUGAAAUUCAGAGAUGGCAAGCUUCAGCUGCUUCUAAACUUGCAGCUGAUAUGCAACGAUUUUCAAGGCCUGAGAGGCGCAUAAAUGGUCCUACUGUAACUCAUCUUUGGUCCAUGUUGAGGUUGCUUGAUGUUUUGGUACAACUUGAUCAUCUAAAGAAUGCAAAAGCAAGCAUACCAAAUGAUUUUUCUUGGUAUAAGAGGACUUUUACUCAAGUCAGUGUUCAGUGGCAAGAUACUGAUUCAAUGAGGGAGGAGUUAGAUGAUUUACAGAUUUUCUUAAGCACCAGAUGGGCUAUUUUACUGAACUUGCAGGUUGAGAUGUUCCGUGUAAAUACUGUAGAAGACGUUCUUCAAGUCCUUAUAGUAUUUUGUGUUGAAUCUCUAGAGUUGGAUUUUGCUCUACUGUUUCCAGAACGCCAUCUUCUCCUACGUGUCUUGCCUGUUCUUGUCGUUCUAGCAACAUCAUCAGAUAAAGACAGUGAAUCAUUGUACAAAAGAGUGAAAAUCAAUCGACUCAUCAAUAUAUUCAAGAAUGAUCCUGUUAUUCCUGCAUUCCCAGAUCUUCAUCUUUCUCCUGCAGCGAUGUUGAAAGAGCUGUCGAUGUACUUCCAAAAAUUCUCAAGCCAAACUCGUCUUCUCACUCUCCCAGCACCACAUGAACUCCCAGCUCGUGAGACACAAGAUUAUCAGAGACAUUAUUUUAUUGUCAAUCACAUUGGAGCUAUACGUGCUGAGCAUGAUGAUUUUGCUGUUCGUUUUGCUUCAUCCGUGAACCAGAUUAUAUCUCUGAAAUCAACAGAUGGUGCAGACAUAGAGUGGUGCAAGGAAGUGAAGGGAAAUAUGUAUGAUAUGGUUGUUGAAGGUAUUCAGCUUCUAAGCAAAUGGACUGCACGCAUUUGGGAACAGGGUGCAUGGAAAUUCUCUCGUCCCUGUAAAGAUGCAAUUCCUGCAGAAACUCAUGGGAGUUCUGCAUCAUUUUCUGACUAUGAGAAGGUGGUUCGGUGGAAUUAUACUAUGGAGGAAAGGAAGGCUCUGGUAGAGCUUGUUAGUUACAUAAAGAGUAUUGGUUCAAUGAUGCAGCGGUGCGACACGUUAGUUGCUGAUGCUUUGUGGGAAACAAUCCAUGCUGAGGUCCAAGACUUUGUGCAGAACAAAUUAGCCAACAUGCUGCGAACUACAUUUCGCAGGAAGAAGGAUUUGUCUAGGAUUCUUUCUGAUAUGCGGACACUUUCGGCGGACUGGAUGGCAAAUACAAGCAAGCCUGGGUCAGAGUUACAAUCUUUACAACAUGGAGGUGAAGAGAACAAGGGGAACUUAUUUUAUCCAAGGCCUGUUGCACCAACAGCUGCUCAGGUUCAUUGCCUGCAGUUCCUGAUAUAUGAGAUUGUAUCUGGUGGUAAUUUGAGGAAGCCAGGAGGGCUUUUCGGAAACACUGGCCCGGAGAUUCAAGUUAAUGAUCUGAAACAGUUGGAAACUUUCUUCUACAAGCUUAGCUUUUUUCUCCAUAUUUUGGAUUAUACAGUGACCAUUGCAACAUUAACUGAUCUUGGUUUCCUCUGGUUUAGAGAAUUUUAUUUGGAGUCUUCUCGUGUUAUCCAGUUUCCCAUAGAAUGCUCUCUUCCAUGGAUGCUAGUGGAUUCUGUGAUUGAGUCCCAGGAUGCAGGUCUACUUGAGAGCAUACUGAUGCCAUUUGACAUCUAUAAUGAUUCUGCCCAACAUGCAUUGGUUGUGCUGAAGCAGCGUUUCCUCUAUGAUGAAAUUGAAGCUGAGGUAUUGGAAGCAUAAAAAUUGUUAGAAUUA